UGUAUGUAACAUGAUUUAACCCAGAAUAUUCAGAAUUAUACAUCUUUGCAAAUAUAAUUGUUAGCAAAAGGCCAAAUAAGCUUCCGUUAGGCUCACUGUGUCAAAUUUAAUACUGUUGUUAUUGUUGGAUUCCACGUGCUACUACUCUUGUCGUCAUGUCUUAUAUUUCCACCACGUGCUAUAAUCUUUCUCACGAGCAAAUAACUUACCGUAUCAACUUUGACAGCGAGAACUCUAACCGGUAUUGCAGAAAAAGCAUGACUCAUUGCUUUGAUAAUAGACUAGUGGACAGCAGUAGCAAAUGUUUACAGAAGUCUAGGAUAUUAUCGCGGAAAUGUUAUCAUCAAUCUUGUGUUAUUUUAAAUGCAGAACAGGGGUGGUGUCACAAACUACGUUAUCGUGCUUCCAGUUCUUUGCAUUCUCUUUUAACAGUGGUUGUAGUGGCGUCUUUAGUCUUCAGGAUAGCCGAGGCUUGUUCGUCCAGGUCAACGCCUAAGCCCAGAGCUCCCUUGCCUACCACUUCAAGACCAAACAUCACUUUCCAGACGUACACAUGUCCUGAGGCUUAUGCUAAGUGGUACUGUCUUAACGGAGCUACCUGUUUUUCUGUGAAAAUAGGGGAAUCAAUUCUUUACAAUUGCGAGUGCGCAGAUGGCUAUAUGGGACAGAGAUGUGAAUUCAAAGACUUAGAUGGGUCCUAUAGUAUUAAAGAGCGAGAAAUUAUAAGGAAAACAGCAAGCAUUGCAGGCAGUCUAGGGUUUGCGAUCACCGCCGUCAUCACUUGUGUCGUGUUCUUUAUUUGUUUAAGGCGGCAGAAGAGGAAGAAAGUGGAAAAGCGCACACUCAGGGCGCUAAUUAUUCCUGUUUUACAUCAGGCUGUGCCACAGUACAUCAGUUCUGAUAAUAUAGAUGUGAGUCAUCAUCUUUGCACUUGUCCAGCAAAUGUAUUUCUGGUAGUGUCCAGAAAGUUGCCACCAACAUUUGAAGAUAACAAAGUUCCACAGGGGUGAAAACAAAAUAUAUAACUUAUGUAAACCAACUGGUUACCUUUUUAGACCUCAAAGCA